UCAGUAAGUGGCGCUCCACCGUCAUUGGUCCGGGGCCCCGCAGUAACCAGGGGAACUGCAAACAGUGUAGAGGCCGCUUCCGGUUCGAGCUCCCGGAACCGCCGCCUCUAGGGAUGGACGGUCAGACUCUGCGAAAGGCCGAGAGAAGCCGGUCCUGCUCACGAGAGAAAAAGGAGGGUUACGCUAAGGACAUGGUGACAGACUUUGAUGAGAAACAUGAUGAGUAUUUAAUAUUGCUUCAGCAGAGGAACCGGAUAUUAAAGCAUUUGAAAAGCAAGGACCCCGUGCAGUUGAGGCUGGAGCACUUGGAGCAAGGUUUCUCUGUCUAUGUCAACGGUGCCAAUUCGGAGCUGAAAUCGUCACCGCGGAAAGCUAUUCACUCUGACUUCUCCAGAAGUGCCUCCCACACGGAGGGGACACACGAUUAUGGACGAAGAACUCUGUUUCGAGAAGCUGAGGAAGCCUUAAGAUGCAGUUCACGGACAGCCCCCAGUAAAGUCCAGCGCCGAGGAUGGCACCAGAAAUCUGUGCAGAUCAGAACAGAAGCUGGCCCACGGCUCCACAUCGAACCUCCUGUGGACUAUUCUGAUGAUUUUGAGCUGUGUGGGGAUGUGACUCUCCAGGCAAACAACACUUCUGAGGAUCGUCCGCAGGAUACCAAAUCUCCCACCAGUACCAAGCCCUGUGUUUUUAACUUCUCCCUUCUGAAUGCAUGUGGACAUUCUGACCCUUCAAGCAGCGUGGACAAAGAAAGGAUCCUCUUAACUAUUCAGGAUGUGAUGGAGCUGAGAAAAAGCCUGGAACUUAGUGUAAAUCUACAAAGGAAACAAAAGGAUUGUUCCAGCGAUGAGUAUGACUCUAUCGAGGAAGACAUACUCUCUGAGCCUGAGCCAGAGGACCCGGCGCUGGUGGGCCAUCCCAGACAUGACCGCCCUCCUUCCAGUGGUGACUUGACUCAGAAAGAUGUUCACGGGGAACAGGAGACAGAAGGACACUCUCCUCCAGGCCCAGACACCCUCGUGGUGCUGGAAUUUAACCCAGCUUCCAAAAGUCAUAAAAGGGAAAGGAAUUUGUCUGCAAAGCGGAAGGACAAUGCUGAGGUUUUCGUUCCCACCAAACCUGAGCCAAACCUGACUCCCCAGGCUCCUGCUGUAUUCCCAGACCAGGAGAGGAUGUGCUCCAGACCUGGAAGCCGGCGAGAGAGACCCCUGUCUGCAACCCGCAAAACUCUUUGCCAGGCUGAGGACCCAGAGGAAGACGCCUCUGCUGUGCUCCAAGCCAUCCAGGUGGAGAACGCGGCCCUGCAGAGGGCGCUUCUCAACAGAAAGGCCGAGCAGCCGGCCAGCCCACUGCAGCAUGGAGUGAAUGGCUUUGUUCCAACAUCACAUCAUGUGAUCACAUCCUUCCAGGAUGCAGAGGGACCACCAGCAAAACCAUGGACCAGUCUGCUGGAGGAGAAGGAAGAGACCCUUGAGCUGCUUCCCAUCACCACGGCGACUACUACUCAGGAGCCGGCCGGGGCAGCAGGAGGAGCCAGGGCCAUCAACCAGGCCAUGGACAGAAUUGGGCUUCUGGGAAGCAGACAACAGCAGAAGCUUCUGAAAGUCCUCCACGCCGUCGAAAGUGACUCUGCCCAUCUCAGCAGGGUGGUUUCACCAACCAAGGAGCAAGUAUCAGACGCAGAGGACAAACAGAGAAUGAGGGCAGACGAGAUCAAAGAUGCCAUCUACGUGACCAUGGAGAUCCUGUCCAACUGGGGCAACUCGUGGUGGGUGGGUCUCACAGAAGUCGAGUUCUUUGACUUGAAUGACACAAAGCUUUAUGUGUCACCCCACGAUGUGGAUAUCCGGAACACAGCCACGCCUGGGGAGCUGGGCCGCCUCGUCAACAGGAACUUAGCUGGCAAGAAAGACUCCUCCCCGUGGACCUGCCCCUUCCACCCACCACUCCAGCUGUUUUUUGUUAUUCGAAACACAAGACAGCUGGGGGACUUCCGUCUGGCCAAGAUCAAGGUUCGGAAUUACUGGACGGCUGAUGGCGAUCUUGACAUUGGUGCCAAGAACGUGAAGCUUUACGUCAACAGAAACCUCAUCUUCAAUGGCAAGUUAGACAAAGGAGAUAGGGAAGCCCCGGCUGACCACAGCAUCCUGGUUGACCAGAAGAACGAGAAGAGCGAGCAACUAGAGGAGGCCAUGAACGCUCACUUGGAAGAAAGCAAAGGCAUCCACGAGAUGGCUGGUGCCAGCGGGGACAAGGAGCUUGGUCUCGGUUGCUUACCGCCAGCUGAAACAUUAGCGGAUGCAAAGCUUUCUUCACAAGGAAAUGUGUCUGGCAAAAGAAAGAAUUCUACUAAUUGCAGGAAAGACAGUUUGUCCCAGUUAGAGGAAUAUUUGAGACUGUCGGCAGCCCCCACUUCGAUGGGUGACGUGCCUAGUGCUCCUGCCACUUCCCCACCUGUGAGGUGCCCUCCUGUCCAUGAGGAGCCCUCUCUCAUCCAACAACUGGAAAACCUCAUGGGCAGAAAAAUCUGUGAGCCACCCGGGAAAACCGCAUCCUGGUUACAACCUUCUCCCACCGGGAAGGACAGGAAGCAGGGAGGCAGGAAGACAAAACCCCUCUGGCUUAGUCCCGAGAAGCCCCUGGCCUGGAAGGGCAGGCUCCCAUCAGACGAUGUCAUCGGUGAGGGUCCCGGAGAGACCGAGGCCAGGGAUAAAGGCCUACGGCAUGAGCCAGGGUGGGGGACCAGCCGGAGUGUCAACACCAAGGAGAGACCCCAGAGGGCAACCACCAAAGUCCACAGUGAUGACUCAGACAUCUUUAACCAGCCCCCCAACAGAGAGUGCCCUGCUAGUGGGAGGAGGGGCUCAAGGAAGGAUGCUGGCAGCAGUAGUCAUGGGGACGACCAGCCAGCCAGCAGAGAAGACACCUGGUCUUCCAGGACGCCAUCACGGUCAAGGUGGCGCAGUGAGCAGGAGCACACACUUCACGAGUCAUGGAGCUCCCUCAGUGCCUUCGACCGCUCCCACCGGGGACGCAUCUCCAACACGGAGCUCCCAGGGCACAUCCUGGAUGAGCUCCUGCAGCAAAAGAGCAGCCGGCACAGCGACUUGCCCCCCUCCAAGAAGGGGGAGCAGCCAGGGCUGUUGAGAGGGCAGGAUGGCUACUCUGGAGAGACAGAUGCUGGGGGUGACUUUAAAAUCCCCGUCUUGCCUUAUGGACAGCGCUUGGUCAUUGACAUCAAGUCUACCUGGGGGGACAGACACUAUGUCGGCCUCAACGGAAUAGAAAUAUUCAGUUCCAAGGGUGAACCGGUGCAGAUUUCAAACAUAAAAGCAGACCCUCCCGAUAUCAAUAUUUUACCAGCCUAUGGGAAAGACCCCCGCGUGGUCACCAACCUCAUCGACGGGGUGAACAGGACCCAGGAUGACAUGCAUGUCUGGCUGGCCCCCUUCACGCGGGGCAAAUCCCACUCCAUCACCAUUGACUUCACGCACCCUUGCCACGUUGCCCUGAUCCGAAUUUGGAACUACAAUAAAUCUCGGAUACAUUCCUUCCGAGGCGCGAAGGACGUCACAAUGCUGUUAGACACCCAGUGCAUCUUUGAAGGAGAAAUUGCCAAGGCCUCUGGAACCCUGGCGGGAGCCCCAGAGCACUUUGGAGACACGAUCUUAUUCACGACCGAUGAUGACAUUCUCGAGGCCAUAUUCUAUUCCGAUGAGAUGUUUGACCUGGAUGUGGGGAGCCUGGACAGCCUGCAGGAUGAAGAGGCAAUGAGGAGGCCCAGCACGGCCGACGGCGAGGGGGAUGAGCGGCCCUUCACCCAGGCUGGCUUGGGGGCUGAUGACCGGAUCCCGGAGCUAGAGCUCCCAUCCAGUUCCCCCGUCCCCCAAGUCACCACGCCAGAGCCAGGCAUCUACCACGGAAUCUGCCUUCAGCUGAAUUUCACUGCCUCCUGGGGAGACUUGCACUACCUGGGGCUCACUGGCCUGGAAGUGGUGGGCAAGGAGGGCCAGGCACUGCCCAUCCACCUGCACCAGAUCUCCGCUUCCCCCAGAGACUUAAAUGAGCUCCCCGAGUACUCUGACGACUCCCGGACCCUGGACAAGUUAAUUGAUGGCACCAACAUCACCAUGGAGGAUGAGCAUAUGUGGCUGAUCCCCUUCUCGCCGGGGCUGGACCAUGUGGUCACGAUCCGCCUGGACAGGGCCGAAAGCAUCGCAGGCCUGCGCUUCUGGAACUACAAUAAAUCUCCCGAGGACACCUAUCGCGGGGCCAAGAUUGUCCACAUCUCCCUGGAUGGCCUGUGCGUCUCCCCACCAGAGGGCUUUCUCAUCCGGAAGGGGCCAGGCAACUGCCACUUUGAUUUUGCUCAAGAAAUCCUCUUUGUGGACUACCUACGGGCUCGGCUGCUGCCCCAGCCGGCCAGCAGGCUGGACAUGAGAAGCCUGGAGUGUGCGAGCAUGGACUACGAGGCACCGCUGAUGCCCUGUGGCUUCAUUUUCCAGUUUCAGCUUCUCACCAGCUGGGGCGACCCCUAUUACAUCGGCCUCACCGGCCUGGAGCUGUAUGACGAGCGAGGAGAAAAAAUCCCCUUGUCGGAAAACAAUAUUGCGGCCUUCCCCGACAGCGUGAACUCCCUGGAGGGCGUGGGCGGGGACGUCCGCACCCCGGACAAGCUCAUCGACCAAGUGAACGACACCAGUGAUGGCCGGCACAUGUGGCUGGCUCCCAUCCUGCCGGGCCUGGUGAACCGGGUUUAUGUGAUUUUCGAUCUGCCUACCACCGUGUCAAUGAUCAAACUGUGGAAUUAUGCGAAAACACCCCAUCGAGGGGUGAAGGAGUUUGGCCUCCUGGUGGACGACCUGCUUGUGUACAAUGGGAUCCUGGCCAUGGUGAGCCACCUGGUGGGGGGCAUCCUGCCCACAUGUGAGCCCACCGUGCCCUACCACACCAUCCUCUUCACCGAGGACAGGGACAUCCGCCACCAGGAGAAACACACCACCAUCAGUAAUCAGGCCGAGGAUCAGGAUGUCCAGAUGAUGAAUGAAAACCAAAUCAUUACCAACGCGAAACGGAAGCAGAGCGUUGUUGACCCAGGUCAGUGGCGUUUCUCUGCCCAGAGUAUUGUGCCUUGGGAGCUCGGUCUGAAUACAGAAGGAGCUGGUGGCCUUGCACCCCCGCCCUCACCCCUGCCUGCCCCUAGACCGCUCUCCUCUGCCCAGGAGCCUGCCCGAAGGCCUAGGGAGGGACUGAAGAGCAUGGAACCAGGGGAGCAACAUGCUUCCGUCUUCUUGCAGGCACCUGUAACACAGUGGAGCUUCCUGAAUCUAAGUAUCACGGGCACAGAGUGGGGAAGCAGUCAGGGACAGAGCACCAUGUUAAAGGGGUUUGCCCCGGGCCGUGGGAAACCAAUAGAGGAUGCCCAAGGUGAGGGCUUCCCGGAGGAGGUGAUGUUUGAGCUGGAUCCUAAAGGAUGUGAGGAGUGUGCCAGGCAGCCUGGGCAAAGGCUGAGAGGGGUGUUGUGGCAGAGCCUGCUCCAGGCAGAGGGAAGGGGCCAGCGUGCCAGGCGCCCCGAGAGCAGGGACUUUUCCAAGGGCCUUGAAUGGCAACCCAGGCUGCUGGAUUUCACUGGGGAGUGUGGGGCACCCCUCCAGGGUUUGAGACUUAGUAACUCUGGUCCCUCUGUUCCCUGUCAUGACAGCCUUACGUCCCAAAACCUGCAUCAGCGAGAAGGAGACGAGACGACGGCGCUGCUGACUGGUGAAGGAGGGAGAGCUGGUCCUCCCACUAUGGUGGGCUCCAUCAGCAGCCCCACUCAGUGCCUGCGUCCCUCACCCUCAGUCCUGGAGCUGGAAGCGAACCGCAGUGUUGAGGGGAGCCCGCUGGGGAGAGGGGACUUGGGAGGACAGCCCUGGAUACUACCAGAGUGACAGAUGGCUGUGGCUGCAGGGCGCAGAGAUCCCCUGCAGUUCAGGGUUGGCCACAGGGAGCCCAGGACACCUGCCUUCAUGCCUCUGCUGUGAGACCCAGCAAAGCAGGGCCCAUGACCGCUAGGGCCUGGGCUGACCCUGACUCAGAACAGGACAAUGAUGGGGUGGGGAGGCAUCCCAUCCAGCCUCAGAGGGCCCAGAGAAUGGCUGAGCAGGACAGUGGGAGACCAGACCCUACCCCGCAACUCCAGUAGGCAGGGCACUGCCCAGGGAGACUGCCUUCAGAAACCUGAGCUUCAGCGGCCAACACCCCCCAUCCCCUGCGCAUCCUUGUCUCCUUUGGGGACUGGUGGAGCUGGCUGAGAGGUUGGGGUAGUUUCCUGGUUACAGGGGUCCACAAGACCCUCUCUCAUCCCGGUACAGGGGCCUCUCUCCUCUCAUCGGGCCUGAUAAGGGAUUGGCCAAGGCUGUGCAUCCUGCAGAGGGAAGGAAGUCAGCUGGGCCACCCGCCAUCCACCUUGGCAAGAGCUGGGCCUGCUCUGGCAGGCCAGGGUAUCAUCUCCGUGCUGCUGCCGGGCCAGGAAGGGUGGGUGGGUGGCCAGCAGGCUGGCAGCUCCAGACCCCAGAGGGCCAGAAGAACUCACCCCAGUGCCCUCUGGACGCAGGUGUUGGGGAACGCUGAGGACACUCCCCCAUCUCCCCUCACCCUUGAGCAGGCCCUCCCUGCACUCUCUGCCACAUGUCCCUCCUGGUCUGAUCGCGGCUGUGCUCACUGAUGUGGCUGCUUUCUGUCUCUGCCCCUGUGCCCUUGGAGGCAGGCAGUGAGGUGCUCCUUUCCCAGGCCCCCACCCCUUCUCCCUCUUCAGCCACUUCCCAGCGAGUUGGAAAUGUGCCUUGCACCCCCAGCCGAGUGAAGCCCAGAACGCAUCUAUAUGCAUCGAUGUAACAAGCUCGGAUCAGGGACCUAAUUGGUUUCCCAGUAGUGGGUAAUUUCUCGUUCCAAAUAUUAAUCCGUUGUUUUUCUGGCGCCCAGCCCGGCCCGCCGCAGUACUGUACUCGAGGUACGUUCCUAUGCAACCGAGAGCCCCGGCAAAUACUUCAUGAGCUUAGCAGCCUGGGCUCGAGCAGCUAUGCAAACGCGCUUUUCAUUUGGAGCAUGGGGCUGAUGUGAAGAUAAGAAUUGUUUCUCCUGGAGAAAGAUCCAUCAUUUCUCCAGCUUCCAAGCCCCCGGCACCUCUGCUCAGCUCCCAGAUGUGACGAGCACCUCCCGCCGGGGGGAGUCAGGGGUUGAUCAAACCAGCUCUUGUGACCCAAACCAGUGCCGCUGCAUUAAAGGGAGCCCCAGCUACUCCUUCCCAGCUGAGAUGUGGGUACAGGUCAGAUUUGUCAGGGAGAUGGCACUAACACGACACAAGCUCACUCCCAGAACCUCAGCUGAUGUUUGUAAUAAUCGUAUGUACUGUGCAAUUUAGGAGGGGGAAAAAAAGCUGUACAAGCUUAAACUCUAAAUUUCUAUUUUCUUCCUCUUGCAAAAUUAAUAAAAGAUGUUAUUAAGAAUA